GCAUUGAACCCGCCGCCGCCAAGGGAGCCGCGCUUUGCGGUUUUUGCGGCGCGCAUGUUACUGUUGACUCGUGGAAAUACUAUGAAUCUGCCUGAACCAUGUCCUCAGCACCUCGUUUAAGCUGCCUCAUCGUCUUGAGCGGCUCUAAGGAUGGAAACUCGGCGCCAUCGUUUAUUCAAACGUUCACUCUACUGCACAGCACAUUCACGGUCCAAAUAGCCACGCCAGGGGGGCGUCCUUUGGAGUUCGUUAACCAAGAUGACCAAAGCCGACGCUGGCUGAAUGACUUUCGCAUGAAAGUCUUUGCAAUCCCCAUUGGACUUCACACUGUAGACCCCAAUCGGUACUCCUGCCUGAUUCUGCCUCACAGUCCAGGAGCAGUCCAUGACCUCUGCGAGAACAAAGACUUGGGUCACAUCCUCAGGCAUUUCAUCCAAGAGAAAAAACCAAUCUGUGCCAUUGGUAUGGGAGUUGCCGGUCUCUUCUCUGCUAUGGAUGACUCCGAUGUGUGGAGCUUCCGCCGAUGCACUUUGACUGCAGUCUCUGUAUUUGAGCUUGCCCGGAGCCCCGACUUUGCCAGCCUUCCCGUGAUCCCCGAGGAUGUCAUCAAGGAUCGAGGGGCACUGUACAGCUCGAGUGACCCUGAUGAAGUGCACGUGGUGGUAGACCGGCACCUGGUGACUGGCCAGAACGAGCAGUCCACACUGACCGCAGUGCAGAACCUGGUGCUGCUGUGCAACCAGAAGCAGGCGGCCACACGCAAGGAACGGCAUCAAUGAAGCCUCUUGUUGUACCUACUCUACAUCUCUUACCUCGUGCAUCUGAAAAAUCCUUCUUAUCCCGUGAUUUCUGUACAGUUGCCCAGCAUUUGAGUCAGUGUGAUUGUCCGGUGAGGUCCAUACGGUGACUAUGUAGAGGGGAGGGGGUAGGGCAAGGACCAGGAAUUUUGUCUUUAAUGGAUCACAUGUCUUUUGCUGGGUAUAGCUAUGUGUGAGCUAUAAAUUGAGUUAAGUGGAUGGGUCAUAUGGACAGUUGCUUCUUGACAUACUCACAUUGGGCCCGUUCUCACUGCAGAAGCAGUGGAUUAUGUACGGGUGUUAAAACUUAACUGCAAACGCCUUAAUCUUGCUGCACGAAAGAACGUGAAGGAACAGGACGAGAGGAUGACAGGCAUAAGCUGUUGUUUAGCCCUGUGGUUGCUGUUAUUUCAUCUAUUUUGUCUUUUCUCUUUCUUUCUGGUGCCGCAAACAGUACUAUGUGCUAGGAUACACUAAAGUGCUUGGAAUGCAUGAUUCACAACCUAAUUACAUGUUAGGGUACCCAAGAGCAUCCAGUGGGGGUACCCUUGUGGACAACCCCCGUGGAUGCCCUUGUGGGUGUGUCUGCUGUCUCACUAGCUCCCUGUGGUACAGUGAAGGCACAGGAAUCGUGCGGGGUAGUCAAUGACGAGAGCCAGUUGCUGACGACGGCAUUAGCAACGCACAAUGAUCGAGCCACUCCUUCUUUAGAACAGGAAGUGAGUGAGUGAGUGAAAUAACUUUAUUAGGUCCAGAGAAGACGCAGGGGAGACCUAGCGCCACCCGGCUAGUCCCAUGUAGGGACACCAAGCCGAGCUUGACGGCCUGAUCGCGGGAAGUCUGGACGGCCAGGGUUUGGUCGUUGAGUUCGGGGCUGCCCAAGAGCGCAGCCCACCUAUCCUCGCUGAAGGAGGAGCUGAUGACUUCACAGUCCCACAGCACAUGAUCCAAUGUUGCCCUUAGUCCACAGGCAGGGCAGUCUGCACUGGGAUACUUUUCAGGGUAUAUUGUAUGAGGAACUCCAAGGUUAGGAUACGCAUGGGCUUGUAAAAGUCGAAGGGCCACCGCCCGUGCCCUGCAUAAGGCGGAGCCUCGUGCGCGCCCUCGUUUGGGUUAGGGUUAGAACAGGAAGGAGUGGCUCGCCCAUUGUGCGCUGCUAAUCCUUUCGUGAAGCUUCAGUUCAGUUGGCGUUAUGCCAGAGAUUGGAGCCAGGCAAUGGAGGAACCCUUUUUCCGAGUCUCUAUUCUGGUUGGCUGGCGCAACAACAAAGUACUGUAUGGUCCUAGGCACCCUUGUUCACAAUAGUACACCGAGAGUAGUGCGUCCACAUAGCUGAAUGCAGUUACCAAAUAGAAAUUUUAUCCGGGCUUUUAAUUGCUGCCCGCUAUUCAGGUCUGGGCAACCCUUAGACCACACUUCUCUUGGGGUCGUAAGCGUGUAAGCUAUGUUCUCCUUGUGGUCCCCUCUUUCUGUUUAGAAAGCAAAUGCUACCUCCUGCUUGUGUCUCCUUGUAAUUUCCCUGCAUUCUGUAGACCCUGUUGUCUCUGUGCUUCCCACUGUUUGUACAUGCAAAGUGCACUAAUAUAUUUUUUUACAACUCUACCCCUCCCAUUUGUUUGCUGGCUUGUUUACAUGUAGGAAUAACUCGGUUGCAGUUCUUCGGUGCCUGUCCUGUCUUUAAAGCGUUGCUGCAGCUGCUUGCAUUGAUUGCAUCGCGAUGAAUCAAAGCAGAGAAUUAAAGAGAAUGUCAUGAAGUGCCCUGUA